AUGGUAGGAAAAGGACAGAGGAGAAGAGAGAAGAACUACAGAGCAGCACAUGGAGCGAACAGUCGUCUGCCACCUCCACCUGAUCGCUCCUCCCUCGACGCUGUCCCCUCCAAGCUUCGCCAAAUCAUGGCUUUCACAGGAUCUUCAAAGGGAUCAGUGGAUGUUAAAAGGAAUAAAAGAGGUGAUGGUGGUGUCAAUGGUAAUGGUGACAAGAAACUUCGAUCAGAGGAUGAAUAUGUCUCGAAAAGCAAUGGGAUCAAAAGGGAAGUCACUGGUGGAAAUUUGAUGCCACAACACAUGGAUCAUGGUGAUAAAAUUGUGGGAAAUAAUAUGCUUGAAAAGAAAAAGAAAAAGAGAAAAAGGAAGCAAGCUGAAGACCUUCGGUUUGAAACGGUGGAGGGAUUAUGUGGUUCAAAAAGAAGGGAGCAUAAGAAACAGCGUUUGGAAGCAAUGAAAAAGAAACACAAAAAGGUCAAGGCAGGAGAGGAUUUGGACUUUCCUGGACGUGAUCUGAUCAAAUUUGGAGAGGUAGUUGAAGCUCCACCCAAGUUGCUCUCAUUUCCAAAGGCAUCCAAAGCUACCCAUGAUGCGUCACAAGAGAGGCUCCGCUUACAGGCAGUCGAGAACUACAGGAAGCGGAAAGGAUGGACAUCAAGGCCGGGGAUCCACCUUCCUCCACCUAUGAUUACAUCACCUUCACUAUAG